AUGUAUAACAGAACCAAGUGCCACAGAACCAUGUACAACAGAACCAAGUGCCACAGAACCAUGUAUAACAGAACCAAGUGCCACAGAACCAUGUACAACAGAACCAAGUGCCACAGAACCUUGUACAACAGAACCAAGUGCCACGACGCUCGCUACAGACGUUCCCCAGACUCUCGCCACAGACGCUCGCCACAGACGCUCACCAUAGACGUUCCCCACAGACGCUCGCCACGGACGCUCGCCACAGACGCUCACCACGGACGCUCACCACAGACGCUCACCACAGACGCUCACCACAGACGCUCACCACAGACGUUCCCCACAGACGCUCGCCACCAACGCUCGCCACAGACGCUCCACACAGACGUUCCCCACAGACGCUCGCCACCGACGCUCGCCACAGACGCUCACCACAGACGUUCCCCAGACGCUCGCCACAGACGCUCUCCACCGACACUCGCCACAGACGCUCACCACAGACGUUCCCCACAGACGCUCUCCACCGACACUCGCCACAGACGCUCACCACAGACGCUCCCCACAGACGCUCACCACAGACGUUCCCCAGACGCUCGCCACAGACGCUCUCCACCGCCACUCGCCACAGACGCUCACCACAGACGCUCCCCACAGACGCUCACCACAGACGCUCACCACAGACGCUCGCCACAGACGCUCUCCACCGCAGCUCGCCACAGACGCUCACCACAGACGCUCCCCACAGACGCUCACCACAGACGCUCACCAAAGACGCUCGCCACCGACGCUCGCCACAGACGCUCACCACAGACGUUCCCCAGACGCUCGCUACAGACGCUCGCCACAGACGCUCUCCACCGACACUCGCCACAGACGCUCACCACAGACGCUCGCCACAGACGCUCGCCACCAACGUUCGCCACAGACGCUCGCCACAGACGCUCCCCACAGACGCUCCCCACAGACGCUCACCACAGACGCUCGCAGCCGACGCUCGCCACAGACGCUCACCACAGACGUUCCCCAGACGCUCGCUACAGACGCUCGCCACAGACGCUCUCCGCCGACACUCGCCACAGACGCUCACCACAGACGCUCGCCACAGACGCUCGCCACCGACGUUCGCCACCGACGCUCGCCACAGACGCUCACCACAGACGUUCCCCACAGACGCUCGCCACAGACGCUCACCACAGACGCUCGCCACAGACGCUCGCCACAGACGCUCCCCACAGACGCUCGCCACAGACGCUCCCCACAGACGCUCGCCACAGACGCUCACCACAGACGCUCGCCACAGACGCUCGCCACAGACGCUCCCCACAGACGCUCACCACAGACGCUCGCCACAGACGCUCGCCACAGACGCUCACCACAGACGCUCGCCACAGACGCUCGCCACAGACGCUCCCCACAGACGCUCACCACAGACGCUCGCCACAGACGCUCGCCACAGACGCUCACCACAGACGCUCGCCACAGACGCUCACCACAGACGCUCGCCACAGACGCUUGCUACAGACGCUCACCACAGACGCUCCCCACAGACGCUCCCCACAGACGCUCACCACAGACGCUCGCAGCCGACGCUCGCCACAGACGCUCACCACAGACGUUCCCCAGACGCUCGCUACAGACGCUCGCCACAGACGCUCUCCGCCGACACUCGCCACAGACGCUCACCACAGACGCUCACCACAGACGCUCGCCACAGACGCUCGCCACAGACGUUCGCCACCGACGCUCGCCACAGACGCUCACCACAGACGUUCCCCACAGACGCUCGCCACAGACGCUCACUACAGACGCUCGCCACAGACGCUCGCCACAGACGCUCCCCACAGACGCUCGCCACAGACGCUCCCCACAGACGCUCGCCACAGACGCUCACCACAGACGCUCGCCACAGACGCUCGCCACAGACGCUCCCCACAGACGCUCACCACAGACGCUCGCCACAGACGCUCGCCACAGACGCUCACCACAGACGCUCGCCACAGACGCUCGCCACAGACGCUCCCCACAGACGCUCACCACAGACGCUCGCCACAGACGCUCGCUACAGACGCUCACCACAGACGCUCGCCACAGACGCUCACCACAGACGCUCGCCACAGACGCUUGCUACAGACGCUCACCACAGACGCUCCCCACAGACGCUCCCCACAGACGCUCACCACAGACGCUCGCCACAGACGCUCGCCACAGACGCUCGCUACAGACGCUCACCACAGACGCUCGCCACAGACGCUCACCACAGACGCUCGCCACAGACGCUCGCCACAGACGCUCACCACAGACGCUCACCACAGACGCUUGCUACAGACUCAUAUCAAUCUAAAACCUCUCGAUGCAAACCCCAGAAUCUCAGCCUUGAACCGACUCAAACUCAUGGAACAUCCUCCAGCAGCAAAGUCACAGCUUUAG